AUGAGAACAUAUUAUAACUUUAAUUUUAUUUUCUUGGUCAGACGACUGACUUUAGAAGAUCUAGAAGAUUCAUGGGAUCGUGGCAUUCCUCGAAUCAACACCCUUUUCCAGAAGGACCGGCAUACAUUGGCUUAUGAUAAGGGCUGGCGUGUCAGAACAGACUUUAAGCAGUACCAGGUUUUGAAACAGAACCCUUUCUGGUGGACACACCAGCGGCAUGAUGGAAAGCUCUGGAACCUAAACAACUACCGUACAGACAUGAUCCAGGCCCUGGGUGGUGUAGAAGGCAUUCUGGAGCACACACUCUUCAAGGGCACCUACUUCCCUACAUGGGAAGGUCUCUUCUGGGAGAAGGCCAGUGGCUUUGAGGAAUCUAUGAAGUGGAAGAAACUAACUAAUGCUCAGCGAUCAGGAUUGAAUCAGAUUCCCAAUCGUAGAUUCACCCUUUGGUGGUCCCCAACUAUAAAUCGAGCCAAUGUAUAUGUAGGCUUUCAGGUGCAGCUGGACCUGACAGGUAUCUUCAUGCAUGGCAAAAUCCCUACACUGAAGAUCUCCCUCAUCCAGAUAUUCCGAGCUCACUUGUGGCAGAAGAUCCAUGAGAGCAUUGUUAUGGAUUUGUGUCAGGUGUUUGACCAGGAACUGGAUGCACUGGAAAUUGAGACUGUGCAAAAGGAGACAAUCCAUCCUCGAAAGUCCUAUAAGAUGAACUCUUCCUGUGCAGACAUAUUACUGUUUGCCUCCUAUAAAUGGAAUGUCUCCCGGCCUUCGUUGCUGGCUGAUUCCAAGGAUGUGAUGGACAGCACCACUACUCAGAAGUAUUGGAUUGACAUCCAGUUGCGCUGGGGGGACUAUGAUUCCCAUGAUAUCGAACGCUAUGCCAGGGCCAAGUUCCUGGAUUAUACCACAGACAACAUGAGUAUUUACCCUUCACCCACAGGUGUGCUCAUUGCUAUUGACCUGGCUUAUAAUCUGCACAG